UUCGGUUGGGAGUUUGCCCAGUGCGAAAUUUGCCCACACACCCUCGAGACGUCAUGGGGAACAAGCCGGCGACGUUGAAGGAGCAGCUCCGCGAAAACAAGCGCGAGAUCAACCGAGCAAUCCGCGACCUCGACCGCGAACGCACGACCUUGCAAGUGUCGGAGAAGAAGUUGAUCCUAGAAAUCAAGAAGAUGGCGAAGGAAAACCAGAUUGCGUCCGUGAAGAUCAUGGCCAAGGAUUUGGUGAGGACAAGACAGCACAUCACCAAGUUUUAUACGAUGCGGUCGCAACUACAAGCAGUGUCGUUGCGAAUGGAAACCGCCAAGUCUGCGGAAGCCAUGACGUCGGCGCUGCAAGGCACGACAAAGGUCAUGAAGUCGAUGGCGAAGACCAUGAAUCUGCCCAAACUCAACAAAAUCAUGAUGGAGUACACCAAGGAGAGCGAAAAGAUGGAGAUGCAGCAAGAAAUGCUCGGGGACACCAUCGACGACGUUAUGGACGCCGACCAGGACGAAGAAGAGGAGGACAAGAUCGUGUCGCAAGUGCUCGACGAGAUCGGGAUCGACAUGUCUGGUGCGCUACUCGAAGCGCCGUCGGCCCGAGUUCCCACCGCCGUAGCGGCUCCGGCUCCUUCACAUGCAGCCUCGCUUCCUCCUGCACCAGUGGAUGCUUCCGGUGGAGGGGGCGAUUCCGCCGUGAGCGAGCUCGAAGCGCGUCUGAACAACCUCCGCCGGAAUUAACGACCCCAUACCACCAUGGGUUACAGAUAGGGCUAGGAACGAACGAUAACCACCGCUGGCAAUAUAUCGAAAGAGUUGACGGGUAUAUUCAUUUUAGUAUCCCAUGUCUGGAAUGAUCAGCAAAUUCUUCGGGAUCAAGUUGAACUGGAUGGAAAAGUACACGAACCGAUGGCAAAGGAAUGUGGAGGCUUCGAAAUGCUGAAACACGUCCGGGUGAUGGAAGAACGUGUGCGAGAAGACGCGGUACAAGCGCCGCGCCACGCUCUGAAAGUACUGCGUCGCGUCGCGGUUGAUGCUCACGCGAGACGGGAAUAUCCGCGAUGAUGUCAAUAGCUGGUUCGCGUUGUCCAACGUGUGCAUGAUGUAGUCGAACGCACAGCACUCCUUCGGUUGCUUGUGGGCCGCACAGAGGAAUACCCAGUCGUCCGUGGCCUUCAUGAUCGUACACGACUGCUUCGUGCACGCCCCGUCCAGCAAUGCCACGAGGAUGUUCAGUUCCUUCACCACUUGGCGCAGGUGCUCGUACUGCCAAAUGAACACGUCCAUGUCGUCCGGCACCUCGUAGAUAGAUUUGAGGUUGCGCGAGUUGAGUCGGAUCUCACGCUGAAUGCGCUGCUCGGCCUGGAAGGGGCCAUUAAACAGCUUGUCAUCGAUGUCUUUGUCUGCCCACUGAAAGAAGUCUGCGCUUCUCGUGCCCGCGAUGUUCUUCCCCACCACACUCAUGGUUGUUCCUUCUUGCUGCAGACGAUAUCACCA